AUGAGCUUCAAAAACGAAGUCUGGGUUUGGCCGCUUGGUUUUACUCGCGGUGUAGGAAUUUACACGCGUGAGUUCUGUGCUCUCGCAGUGAAUUGACGCCAUACAUAUCCUCGCGCCUCCAGACUUAGCCUCCGCUCGAGUGACAAGGCAUCGCUGCAAUGGACAAUGAUUUGGAACGGACAGCUGAACUUUACGAUAAUGACAACGAAGAAGAAGUAGAAAAAGCCUGGAAGGAGUGGAAGCAGACAUUUGAGAAGUCCUACGGGACCCCUGAAGAAGAGGAGCGUCGUAAGAAAGCAUGGCUCGACACACGGGCCUUAAUAACAGAGCACAACAAGGAGUAUCUGGAAGGAAGAGAAAGUUACUCCAUGGGGGUUAAUCAGUUCACUGACAUGCUUCCAGGUGAACUUCCUCCAAUGGGACAUCUUUCAAGUCCCAGUGAGGAGAGAGGGUGAGGUUGUCCAUUCCCACCUGGAGAGUGAAUACCAGUCUCUGCCUUCAGUUUUUUGCUUUUCUCUUUGGUUUGCGCCAGUUGCACCCUGUUUAUUUAGCUCAGCUGUGUCCAACACUAGUUGGAUUUAUAUAAUCUAGUAAUCGAUAUAACAGUCUUCUCCUCCACAUAUGUCUGGAAUCUCUGCAUAUGGUGAUUAAAUGAAUCUCAUAGGUUGGAACAACAGUUCUUUGUCUCUGAAAACUAUAUAAACUCAUGUAUUUGACUUUAUAUUUUUGAAGACUGUACUUAAAGGACCUGACUCUG